AUGGCAGCACCCGUGGCGAGCCCGGGGCUGGGGCUGGCGCUGGCGCGGAAGCUCGGCGCGCUGGGCUGCCCCAUCGACGUGCGCAGCGACGCGCUCGAGGCCCUCUACGGCAACCCGUCCAUGCGGCUCCAAGGCUUCUUGCACUGGUUCGUGCAUGCGCUCGACGACGAGAGCUCGCUGCCGGCGCAAUUCGAUACGCACGACCGGGCGCUCGUGGCCUCGAUCGACCUCUUGGACGGCGCCGCCUUGGCCACCAAGGAGCGUGAGGUGUUUGGUUCUCUAGGCGAUGCCAUCACGAUGGACAACGACGACGACGAGGACGACGAGGACGAUGCAGAUGCGUUGCAGGAAGAGAUUGCGCGGCUGGAACGACAGGUCGCCAUGGAGACGAAGAAGCAGACCGCGCUGCGCGCCGCCGUGGCCACCAAGCGUAUCGAGACGGGCCGCCUUUUAGAUACAGGCCUCGACAUGGUUGCGCCGGCGCCCGCGCAAAGCCAUUCCGUGACCGAUGCGAUCGAUGGCCUCUUGCACGCGCUUGAACAGACGGAGAAUGCGCUGCAGCUCGCGUUUUUGUCGCCGACCGUCUGCGCCCACCUCUCGAUACGCGAAGACAAGCUGCUCGACCGCAUCCAGGCGCAGCUCAUGCCGCUCUUCCGACGCCCUGCCCCGUCUGGCCUCGAAACCAUCCCCGAGUCACCGACCCGGUCUAGCAGCGUGCGCUGGCUCCACGAGAGCCUCGUUGACGAGAUGGACCUUGUCGACGAUGCCAAGGAGCGCGAGUUCAAGGCGUGCAAUGCCGAGUUCCAUCGGCUUGUCGCUGCGUAUCCGCGCAGUGCACUGCACUCUCUCCACACAAAACUGGACGCGACGGCCCGCGCUACACGCUCGAGCUACCGGCAGCAGCAGAUGGCGCAUGCGUUGGCGCGUGCCCGACUCAUGGACCCGGCGACCCUUUCGGCUACCCAUCACGGGCUCGUGUCGGCCAACGCUUCGGUGGUCGACGAAACGCAGACGCUGCUGACCGACAUGCUGCCGCUGCGGCUCGACGAACUCGGGCGACUGCAAAUGACGAGCAUCGUGCUCGGUGACUACAAGGACAAGAUCGACCGGCAGACGCGGCAUUUGGCCGACCAAGCUUCAAUCCUCGACACGUUGGAGCGGCAGUCGGCGCGGCUCCUGUACUUGUUCAAUGCCGUAGUUCAUUUGGCAACACGCCCAUAUUUAUGUGUAGGUUGCUCUCGCACUUGCUCAAGUACGAAGAGACGCAGAUGGCUGGUCUGGAGACGUGCCUCAGCAACGUCCAAGCGUCGCUCACCGCCGACAUGGGCGUUCUCCGUCGGCGCUUGCAACCAAGGCGGUACGCCGAGCCCGCCCAGCACGACACGUCGGUGCUGCUCCAGCAUGCGCAAGGCAUGCUCGGCCUGCCCACGACGAGUACCGACUCGCUCGACGACCAAUGCCGCCAGCACGCCGCGCAAAUGGACCAGCUCCACACCAUCCGCGACAACGUCCGCACCGAGUACCACAACCAUGUGGAUGCGCAGCUGGACCGUCUCCGCCAGCUCAAAACCGCGCUCGAUGGUCUCGAACUACCCACGUACAACGGCGUCGAAGCCCUCGAGGCGGCCAAGACUCGUAUCACAGAGGGCAUUGCGCACGCGUCCAGCGUCUUUCAGCGCUAUCAAAACCUUGUGCUGCACCAACCGUCGGCCACACGGCGACCACCACAACCGACAUCGUAGGACUCGACGAUACUGUUGUUUGGAUUAGCAGAGAAAGUACAAGUGUCAUCAACGUCCAUCUACAUCCAAUGGCAUGUCGAG